UAGUUGUCGUCCUGGGCAUUAUGCUUAUGCUCGUUGCCUUCGCAGCAUCACUGUCAGAAUCCAAUAUUGUACCACUGCUGUUCAGCUUUAGUGCCCUGACAAAUGGGCCAAUCAUCGGCACUUUCAUCCUGGGCUUCUUUUUUCCUUGGGCUAAUUCAGUGGGUGCAACUGUCGGAUUCGUAAUCAGUUUAUUGCUUGGGACUUUUCUGUUUGUCGGGAGCAGGUUUUUGAGGAUUCCGUACCAAUUCAAUAUUCCACCGACUUCUACUGACAUGUGCAAAAUUACAAAUGCGUCAUUACCCACAACUUCUUAUAUGUCAAACUACACUAUAACGCCAAUUGCAACAAUGUCAACACCAUAUGAUGACGGCCAUUCUGUUCUUCAAGACAUUUACAAUAUCAAUUUCAACUGCUUCAUAUUUUUCGUGAUUUUGACCGUAAUUUUGGUUGGUCUCGUGACAUCUUUUAUUGUAGGGCCCAACGAGCCUAGCCAGGCGAAUCCAAAAUUAUUCAUUCCAUUCAUAGAUAAUUCAUGUUUUCCCGACCGAGUGAGAAGGUUUUUCCGAUUUGGAGUUCCUGAAAUAAGUUCAACUUGUGAAAAAACUAAUCCAAGUUUCGAAGAAGACAAGUUAUAAAAUUGUAGGAAUUGAUAUAAUAUUCGGUUUUGUGCGAUUUUUUUAUAAUUUUUGACGCGAAGACAAUUGUA